AUGUAUAAACUCAUUGCAUUCAUUACGCUGGUGCUUGGUUCCCUUGCAUCUGUCACUGACAGCAAAAAUGUGACACAGAUCAAGAGCUGUCCUGCACUGACUCCUCGACGUGGCGGUCCGCAAAGCGUGCACGACCUUCGUAUGGAUGACAUUAAGGUGGUUGGUGCUCUUGGCGAUAGUAUUACCGCUGGUUUCGGUAUCAUGGGUUUUGACACCACCAUCAAUCCCAUCAUUGCAGCGCUCAACUCUUACAAUGAAUACAGAGGCCUUAGCUAUAGCAUCGGUGGCGAUAGAAAUGCAUUUACUAUUCCCAAUUAUGUCAAGCAUUAUCAACCCAAAGUCACUGGCUACUCAAAGGGCAAACAUAUUGGUGAAUAUUGUAAUGCUGAGAAUUGCUACGCUGAAUAUUCAUCUAAACAUGACCAGCUCAAUGCUGCUCAAAGCGGCGCUAUUGCUAUGAACUUGGAUCACGAACUUGAUUACUUGAUUCCUCAAAUGAUGUCGAUGGAGGAUAUCGAUUUCGAGAAUGAUUGGAAGAUGAUCAAUAUUCAAAUCGGUAGCAAUGACAUGUGUGGUGCCUGCAACAGCAGCUACAUGGAUGAGGUGACUCCAGACAAGUUUGGCGGUUACGUUGAAGCUGCCAUCCAGAGAAUUCAUGAUAGCAUCCCCAAUGUGCUAGUCAAUUUGAUCAGCACAUUCAAUGUAUCCGAGCUCUUUCCUAUUACCGAAGGACAAGCUUACUGCCGUCCCAAGAACAAUGAUUCCAGCACCAUUGGCAAUAGAAAAUCAUGCUCUUGCGGCAAUUCCGAAGAGGGUUUGCAAAAGAUGUUUAAUCUCACUGCUGCCUACAACAAAAAGUUACAUUCCAUCUACGAGAAAUAUCAGCAAAACAAGUCAGAUACAUUUGCCGUUGUGUAUCAGCCUGCUAACCUCAACAUCACUGGUUUCCCUCUCGAGUUCUUUAGUAAUUUGGAUUGUUUUCAUCCGAGCUUGAUAGGCCAUCAAUGGGUGUCCAAGAUUGUGUGGAAUAUGCUCUUCUCAAAGCAAAGCAUGAAGCCUACCGUGCUCAAUUUCAAUGCCAAUGAAACUAUCUACUGCCCUAUUGAUUCUGAUAGAAUUGUUACCAAUUAA